AUUCAAAGAAGGGGCGAUUUUGGAGACCCGGUUGAGGACUUUUACCAAACGUGGACUCGUUACAAAUCUGGAUUUGGAAAUCUAACUAGAGAAUUUUGGUUAGGAAAUGACAUCAUAUUCGCUUUAACCAAUCAAAACAAUAUGGUACUUCGAAUCGAUUUAGAAGAUAUGGAAGGUGGUCAAAGAUAUGCAGAAUACGAUGAGUUCUUUGUGCGAAGUGAAAGAGAACUGUAUAAAAUGAGUUAUAAAACGUACAAGGGUGACGCAGGGGACUCACUUUCAAUCCAUAAUAACAUGAUGUUUUCCACGAGGGACAGAGAUAAUGAUAAAUGGGUGAAGAACUGUGCCACGACCUACAAAGGUAGCUGGUGGUAUAAUGAAUGUCAUCACUCUAAUUUAAACGGUUUAUAUCUGGGGGGACCACAUGAAGAAUCCGCUGUUGGUAUUAAUUGGUAUCAUUGGAAAGGACAUAAAUAUUCUCUGAAGAAAACUGAGAUGAAAAUAAGACCACUUGGAUUUGUUUCAACGAAAGAACCACAAAAAUAAACAUAUUAUUGAGUAGUGUAAUUUUGUUCAUUAUAUCUUUAUAGUUAUGAAUAUCAGACAGUAGCAGAAAUCUUUAAAGAAAGGUUUAUCGUAAAUCUAAUGACAAUUAUAAUGUUUUGAAAAUUCUAAGACAUGUUUGUAUUAUAAGAUUUUGUUUAUUUUAUGUUGAUCACGUGUGUUGGAUGUAGAACUUUUAAUUUCUAUAUGAAGAUAGGACCUGAUGGAUUUGUUUCAAGGAAAGAACCACAUAAAUAAACCAUAGAAAUAUAUAGUCUCAUUGU